AUGAAGACAAUUUGCGUUAUAUUUGCAUUUAUUGGUGCUGUUCAAGCGAUUUCCGGUGGUCACAACACUACAAUUAUGCGGCACCAAUGGCAAUUAUCUUUAAGAUAUAAAGGAGAACAUUUUUGUGGAGCAUCUCUGAUCUCCAACCGAUGGGCUCUCACUUCUGCCAGCUGUUUGGACCAACACACUUCAGAUCUUUCCGUGCGGGCUGGAUCUGUCGACCUUUCAAGUGGUGGUGACGUAAUAGACGUGGACGAUUUUAUAAUUCAUCCGAAAUAUAACAAGAAAACCUAUAACUCUGAUAUAGCUCUACUCAAAUUCACAAAAGAUAUGGAGGGAAACAAUGUCUCGAGAGCUCUUGUACCUUUCCACGAUACCAGCGAUGUGUCAGAUCAUGCAGGGGUCGCUAUAACCGGUUGGGGUGCAAUUGAAGAUGGUGAAAAUUUCUCCGAAAUGCUUCAAAUGGGUAUCCUUCGUCAAUCCCAAGAAGUUCCUGUCAAAUGGCGUAUCCGACCAAAAUCAUAUCGUUAAACAUGUUUUGUGUUGGGGUUUACAACGUCCAAAACAUUACAGCUUGCAAUGGAGAUUUUGGAGGACCGGCUACCUUUGCCAAUUGUUUGCAAGGAGUAAUUUCUUGGGGAGGACAAUGUGGAAGUUUUACGAACCCGACAGUUAUGACGAGAGUUGCUGCAUUUAAAGAUUGGAUACUCACCACUACAGGCGCAACAGAUUAUUUGAACUGCCCUCUUGUCUAAGUUGGCACAUUGUACAUAAGAUUUUACAUUAUUUGGAAUGAACAAUAAAUAUAUCAG